AUGUCUGACAAAGAGAAACGCAAUCCUGUUCCGGAUAAUUAUCUACUCGCUGAGAUUUUUCCUGAUGCCAAACCCGUCUCAACCAACAUUAUUUCGCACACCUUCGAAUCUUGCACCUUUGUUGCCUAUCAGGACUCCCAGGAGGAAGUUAUUGUCCGUCCCGAAGCUUCAGGCAGUUAUAUUCCCAUUGUGUCAUUGCACGUUGCAGAGCAGGUUGCAUUAGCCAUCAAAAAACUCCACAGCGUCAAUCUCCUCGAUGAAAAGGCGCGUCAAUUUGUCAAACCGGGAAGUCAUGCCAUCACGGAGGCGGCCGUUCCACUUGGUGGGCCAGAGUUGGGGCUUUUCUCUAACGUAUCUGACCUGGUGCGUGAUCUCGUCGCAUCCCAGGAUGGGUUCGAGCAGGUCACUAUCACCAGUACAGAUGAUGGAGGACUCAAACUUGAGACAAAAUUUGACGACAUACCCUCCGUAUCCAUGUCGGAAAAAGACAUGUUCGCUUUGCAGGAAGCCAUUGUCCUCUGCCACAAUGAUCUUGAGCCUUGA